CUGCUCAAUUUGAUAAUUGAAACCGGCUUAAACAAUAAUCUAAAAUAAUAUAAUUAAAAUAUUUAUCAUAAUAUAAUAAAGUCAUGUUUCGUUCGGCAAAAAGUAAAUUUGAUUUGGGAGAAUUAACAAGAAAAAUAAAACGAACAGUUGACGGGAGCAUUUCCUAUCGGAAACUAUUCAUUCUUCUCCUCUGUUUAGCAGUAUUUUUUUAUAUUGUGCCACCUGUAUUUAGAUAUCUAUUUAGUAGUAAACCUCAAGCAAAAGAUCCUCUUGUAAGAUGCAUGGACGACAGAUUGACACCAUUCUUCAUACAGAGUUUGGAAUACAAUGCAAACAUUAGACACAUUCCAUUCUUACCUGAGGAAAAUAACUUUAUUCCUUACAUUGGCAAUGGUUAUUUCGGUGUAGAAGUCUCCAACGAUGCGUCAGUGCGGAUUAAAUCUGGCCGAUCAAUGCAAUUGCCUGUGCCGUUGCAUCCUAUAAUCUCAUUAUCGCCAACAAAUGGCAUCUUUCGUGAGGCUACUGUUGUUGAAUAUCAAAGUGGAAUUGUUCAUAGAUUUCAAUGUUUUCAAGAUUAUUUUGGCUCCUACAAAUAUUAUGCGCACAGAACUUUUCCGGAAAUUUUAGUCCAAGAAAUACAAAUAACAAAUACUCGUAAUCAAAUAUUUGACGUGGACUUGGUAUUGCCUCGUUCGAGUUUUCAAUCGCCUGUUACCAGAGUUAUCAGCAUUAAAUCGGCACGAGACUCCUCACCAACAGAAUAUGAUGUUGUGAGUGCGGCAAUAAAUUUAAAGGACAAAAAUAACAACAUUAUUGUUGUUUCCAUAGUUCAUAAGAAAAUAUCUCCAAAAUUGACGCUAAAAAAACGAGGCAUUACAAAGUUAGACCUGCUAAUGGCUAUCCAUUACACAAAACUAAUUGCAAGUAAUAAAUUUGGCGAAGCAAAAGAUGAAAACGAAAAACUAGCAAUCGCUUCGAUUACAAUGGCUGCACAGAAAGUUGAAUCAGGACAGGAUUCAUUAGUAGCUUAUAAUGAGUUCCGCAAGCAACACAUACGAGUUUGGAAUGAUUUGUGGGCGACUGGUUUCUCAAUUAGUACAUCAAAAGCUGAAAAAAGUAUUAAUGGUGAUCGAAUUAAUGCUACUAUUUAUGCGGUAUUGUCGCAGGUGCGAAGUUAUGAACUUGAAGAAAUUGUUUCUCUACAAAGAAAGCAAGACAUAGCUAAGGCUCUGUCAUAUGCUGAAGGAUGCUAUGACAGUUAUCAUACUCUGCAAGCAGAAAAUUUGUGGUUAGGCAUGGACAGUAUCGAUAAUCUCAACAGUUUGGUCUCAUCGUGGAUGCUUACUCUGGAAAAACAGGGAUGUCAUAAUCUAAUCCGAGCAGGUGCUAGUGGUGUCAUCCAAGCUAUGGUGCUAAGUUUCGGAAGUCUCCGUUUCAGCAAUCAGCAUUUGGAAUUCAACAUCCAUCCGAAAUUCUUGCACAGGGAUUUUAAUUUCAGACGGUUAAAUUAUGGCAACAAGACACACGUUAAUGUGACUGUUACUGUGACUGAAGACAAUAAAGCCGUCAUAAAUAUAGCACUAGAUAGAUCUGAUCGGAGUUAUUAUGCCUGUGAUGCUGGUUGUUUGGACGAACCUGUAUUACUCGGUCAAAGCAGAAAACAAUUCCCAGUUAAAUUGACCGAACCUAUAACAGCGAUUCUGUACAUUACAGCCGAUAAGCAACAUAUGGAGGAACUCCAUAAAGCAAUACAUGUCAAAGAAGUGGCAGAAGCUCCCGCCCAUGAGCAUCAUGUCAUAGCCCUGCAUAAACACGGUCAUCAUUUAGGUGGCCUACCAACAUUAUUUUGGGUAUCAAUAUGUGCAAUAAUAGUCGUUUUCCAUAUAUUCCUGUGUAAGCUUAUUAUAAAAGAAUAUUGUGAACCAUCCGAUAAGCUACGAUAUCGAUACAAUAAACCGUGAUUUUAGGUGAAUAAUAAAUUUAGAAAAAAAUGCAAAAAAUAAAAAAAAUAUUAUUUGUAAAUUUGUUUAGCCUUAAAUUAUAUAAAUGUGCGUAUAUGUUGUUAGAGAAUGAUUAAGACUUAGGAAAAAGGGUUUCGCGAAUUCCUAAAUGAAAAUAUUAAAUAAAAUCGAUUA